AUGGCCGCUUCCAACCUGUCUGUCUGCUCCAAUGGCCUGAGCUAUGGCAGUCGGGCCUGCCUUCCCGGGUCCUGUGACUCUUGCAUGGACUCCUCCUGGCAGGUGGACGACUGUCCAGAGAGCUGCUGUGAGCCCUCCUGCUGCGCCCCGACCCCAUGCCUGACCCUUGUCUGUGCCCCAGUGAGCUGUGUGUCCAGCCCCUGCUGCCAGGUGAUCUGUGGGUCCAGCCCCUGCCAGCCAACAUGCACCAGUUCCUGCACACCCUCGUGCUGUCAGCCCUCCUGCUGCACCUCCUCCCCCUGCCAGCAGGCCUGCUGUGUGCCCGCCUGCUGCACACCCGUCUGCUGCACACCCGUCUGCUGUAAGCCAGUCUGUUGUAGGCCUGUCUGUUGCAAACCUGUCUGCUGCACACCCGUCUGCUGUAAGCCAGUCUGUUGUAGGCCUGUCUGUUGCAAACCUGUCUGCUGCACACCCGUCUGCUGCAAGCCCGUCUGUUCUGGGGCCACCCCCUGCCCAGCCCCUUCGAGCUGCUGCAGACCCUCCUCCUGCGUGAGCUGCGUGUCCAGCCCCUGCUGCCAGGUGACCUGUGGGUCCAGCCCCUGUCAAUCAGCCUGCACCAGCUCCUGCACACCCUCGUGCUGCCAGCAGUCUAGCUGCCAGCCCUCCUGCUGCACCUCCUCCCCCUGCCAGCAGGCCUGCUGUGUGCCCGCCUGCUGCACACCUGUCUGCUGCACACCCGUCUGCUGUAAGCCAGUCUGUUGUAGGCCUGUCUGUUGCAAACCUGUCUGCUGCACACCCAUCUGCUGCAAGCCCGUCUGUUCUGGGGCCACCCCCUGCCCAGCCCCUUUGAGCUGCUGCAGACCCUCCUCCUGCGUGUCCCUCAUCUGCCGCCCCGUGUGCAGGCCUGCCUGCUGCGUGCCCACCUCCUCCUGCUGUGGCCCUGCCUCCUCCUGCCAGCCCAGCUGUUGA